CUAGAGCGGGGGCGGGGCUACGUGGGCCGGGGUCCUGGGGUAGAGUCAGAGCCUGAGCAGAGAUCAUCAAGUCAUCAUGAUCUAAGGCCAAAAACAAACAAAAACUUGGCUUGGAUUGACUGAAUACUGUUAUUAAAAUUAAAUAUGGAAAAUGAACCAGACCAUGAGAAUGUGGAACAGAGCCUCUGUGCCAAGACGACUGAAGAAGAACUGAAUAAGAAUUUCAGUCUAGAAGUUUCACUUUCAAAAUUCUCUUUCAUGGAUCUGGACAAGGAAGUGGAGUUCAAAAAUGAUCUGAUUGAUGACAAAGAGUUUGAUAUUCCUCAAGUUGAUACUCCUCCAACACUGGAAAGCAUACUAAAUGAAACUGAUGAUGAAGAUGAGUCUUCUGUUCUGGAGGACCCUACAUUGUUAAACAUUGAUGCUCUUGACUCUCACUCCUAUGAUACGUCAUCUGUGGCAAGUUCAGAUAGUGGUGACAGGACCAACUUAAAAAGGAAGAAGAAAUUACCUGAUUCUUUUUCACUCCAUGGAUCAGUUAUGCGACAUUCACUUUUGAAGGGAAUUUCUGCCCAGAUAGUGUCUGCAGCUGAUAAAGUAGAUGCUGGCUUACCUACAGCAAUUGCAGUAUCCAAUCUGAUAGCAGUGGGUACAUCUCAUGGAUUGGCUUUAAUAUUUGGAAAAGAUCAGAAUCAAGCUUUGCGACUCUGUCUGGGUAGCACUAGUGUUGGAGGUCAGUAUGGAGCCAUCUCUGCGCUCAGUAUCAACAAUGACUGUUCAAGACUUCUCUGUGGCUUUGCUAAAGGACAGAUCACUAUGUGGGAUUUGGCCAGUGGAAAACUUCUAAGAUCAAUCAUAGAUGCUCAUCCUCCAGGAACAGCAAUAUUACAUAUUAAGUUUACAGAUGAUCCAACUCUUGCAAUUUGUAACGACAGCGGAGGCUCUGUUUUUGAAUUGACAUUUAAGAGAGUGAUGGGGGUGAGAACGUGUGACUCUAGGUGUCUGUUCAGCGGUUCCAAGGGUGAAGUUUGCUGUAUUGAGCCUCUCCACUCUAAGCCUGAGUUGAAAGAUCAUCCCAUCACACAGUUUUCCUUAUUGGCCAUGGCAUCCCUAACAAAGAUACUGGUUAUUGGAUUGAAACCAUCCUUGAAAGUAUGGAUGACUUUUCCCUAUGGACGGAUGGAUCCUUCCAGUGUUCCGUUGCUGGCCUGGCACUUUGUGGCAGUGCAUAAUUAUGUGAAUCCCAUGCUUGCAUUCUGCAGAGGAGAUGUUGUUCAUUUCCUAUUGGUUAAGAGAGAUGAAUCUGGAGCAAUACAUGUUACUAAGCAAAAGCAUCUUCACCUGUACUAUGACCUCAUCAACUUUACUUGGAUAAACUCACGCACAGUAGUCCUCCUGGACAGUGUAGAGAAGCUGCAUGUAAUUGAUCGGCAAACUCAAGAGGAAUUGGAAACAGUGGAGAUCUCAGAAGUUCAGUUGGUCUAUAAUAGCAGCCAUUUCAAAUCACUAGCCACUGGAGGAAAUGUCAGUCAGGCACUGGCUUUGGUUGGAGAAAAGGCUUGUUAUCAAUCCAUCAGUAGCUAUGGUGGUCAGAUCUUUUAUUUGGGGACGAAAUCUGUUUAUGUGAUGAUGUUGAGGAGCUGGAGAGAGAGAGUGGAUCAUCUCCUGAAACAAGAUUGUCUUACAGAAGCCUUGGCUCUUGCGUGGUCUUUCCAUGAAGGAAAGGCAAAAGCAGUGGUGGGAUUAUCAGGGGAUGCCAGUAAGCGAAAGGCUGUUGUUGCAGAUCGGAUGGUAGAGAUCCUAUUCCAUUAUGCAGAUCGAGCUCUGAAAAAGUGCCCAGACCAGGGAAAAAUCCAGGUCAUGGAACAGCAUUUUCAGGAUAUGGUACCCAUCAUAGUUGAUUACUGCCUUCUGCUGCAACGAAAGGAUCUUUUAUUUAGCCAGAUGUAUGACAAAUUAAGUGAGAAUUCAGUGGGCAAAGGAGUGUUUUUGGAGUGCCUUGAACCAUAUAUUUUAAGUGAUAAAUUGGUGGGGAUCACACCCCAGGUAAUGAAAGACCUGAUUGUUCAUUUCCAAGAUAAAAAAUUAAUGGAAAAUGUGGAAGCCCUCAUUGUACAUAUGGAUAUCACCAGUCUAGAUAUUCAGCAGGUAGUUCUCAUGUGUUGGGAAAACCAUCUAUAUGAUGCUAUGAUCUAUGUCUACAACAGAGGCAUGAAUGAAUUUAUUAGUCCAAUGGAGAAACUUUUCAGAGUCAUUGCUUCUCCUCUGAAUGCAGGAAAGACACUAACAGAUGAGCAAGUUGUUAUGGGCAACAAGCUUCUCGUAUAUAUUAGCUGUUGUCUAGCAGGUCGUGCCUAUCCCCUUGGUGACAUCCCUGAAGAUCUUGUUCCCUUGGUUAAAAACCAGGUUUUUGAAUUUCUAAUUCGCCUACACUCAGCAGAGGCUUCCUCAGAGGAAGAAAUCUAUCCCUAUGUCCAGACUUUGCUACAUUUCGACACAAGAGAAUUUCUGAAUGUCUUGGCACUGACUUUUGAAGAUUUUAAAAAUGACAAGCAAGCUGUAGAAUAUCAACAACGAAUUGUGGAUAUUUUAUUGAAAGUAAUGGUGGAGAAUUCAGAUUUUACUCCCUCACAAGUAGGGUGUCUCUUUACAUUUCUUGCUCGGCAGCUUGCAAAACCUGACAAUACCUUGUUUGUAAACAGAACUCUUUUUGAUCAGGUCCUUGAAUUCCUCUGUAGUCCUGAUGAUGACUCCCGACACUCUGAAAGACAGCAGGUCCUUUUAGAAUUGCUGCAGGCUGGAGGCAUAGUUCAGUUUGAAGAAAGUCGGCUCAUUCGUAUGGCAGAAAAAGCAGAGUUCUAUCAAAUUUGUGAGUUUAUGUAUGAACGAGAACACCAAUAUGACAAAAUUAUUGAUUGCUACUUACGUGACCCACUAAGAGAGGAAGAAGUCUUUAACUACAUUCACAAUAUCUUAUCCAUUCCUGGACACAGUGCAGAGGAGAAGCAGUCUGUAUGGCAAAAAGCAAUGGAUCAUAUUGAGGAACUUGUGUCCCUGAAGCCCUGUAAAGCUGCAGAGCUGGUUGCUACACACUUUUCUGAACAGAUUGAAACUGUGAUUAAGAAACUUCAGAACCAGGUUUUGCUUUUCAAGUUUUUGAGGAGUCUUCUUGACCCAAGGGAAGGUAUUCAUAUAAAUCAAGAAUUGUUGCAGAUAUCUCCCUGUAUUACAGAGCAGUUCAUUGAGCUGUGUUGUCAGUUCAACCCAAAUCAAGUUACAGAGACGCUGCAAGUCCUUGACUGCUACCGCUUAGAAGAAACUAUUCAGAUUACCCAGAAGUAUCAGCUUCAUGAAGUCACUGCCUACCUAUUAGAAAAAAAAGGAGAUAUUCAUGGUGCCUUCUUAAUAAUGUUAAAGAGACUGCAAAGCAAACUUCAAGAGAUAACACAUCAAGAUGAAAAUACAAAGCAGGAUCCAUCAUUAAAGGAUGUUGAAGAUACUAUGGUAGAGACAAUUGCCCUUUGCCAGAGAAAUUCCCAUAAUCUGAACCAGCAGCAACGAGAGGCACUCUGGUUUCCACUGUUGGAAGCAAUGAUGGCCCCUCAGAAGCUGUCCAGUUCAGCUGUACCUCAUCCACAUUCUGAAGCUCUGAAAUCUCUGACCAUGCAAGUUCUAAACAGCAUGGCAGCAUUUAUUGCCCUUCCAUCGAUUUUGCAAAGAAUCUUACAGGAUCCAGUUUAUGGAAAAGGAAAACUUGGAGAAAUCCAAGGACUUAUUCUGGGAAUGUUGGAUACCUUUAACUAUGAACAAACCCUGCUGGAAACAACUACUAGUCUUCUAAACCAAGAUCUCCAUUGGUCAUUGUGUAACCUGAGAGCUUCAGUCACCAGAGGACUGAACCCCAAGCAGGAAUACUGCUCUAUAUGUUUGCAGCAGUACAAGAGACACCAAGAAAUGGCUGACGAAAUUAUUAUUUUCAGCUGUGGCCAUUUGUAUCACUCUUUCUGUCUGCAAAACAAAGAGUGCACCAUAGAAGUUGAGGGCCAAACAAGGUGGACAUGCUACAAAUGCAGCUCAAGUAACAAAGUAGGAAAAUUAAGUGAAAAUUCAUCUGAAAUCAAAAAAGGGAGGAUAACCCCAUCCCAGGUAAAAAUUUCUCCAACCUGUCAUCCAUCCAAAGGGGAUCCUGCCAUUAAGAAGGCAACCUCAGAGCCUGUACUGGAUCCACAGCAAAUCCAAGCAUUUGAUCAGCUUUGCCGUCUCUACCGAGGAAGUUCCAGGCUGGCUCUCCUGAUGGAACUCUCCCAGAACCGCAGCAGCGAGAGCUACCGGCCAUUCAGUGGCUCCCAGAGUGGCCCUGCUUUCAACAGCAUCUUCCAGAAUGAGAACUUCCAGCUGCAGCUCAUUCCACCCCCUGUGACUGAGGACUGAAAUGGCUCUGGGCCCUGACUCCAGAGACCAGAGACUAAGCCAGGGCAACUGGGGGGAGGGAGGAGCCCUCACUGCCCCCACCUUCUGAGCAAAGGCUUUGGCUUCUGUGCCUCGUGGCCUCCAUACCACUGAUCUCAAGGGAGACUCCCUCUCUUCUUUGGUGUUGCCACAGCACCAGUUCAAUGACUUGUUGAUUUUGUUUUGCUUGUUAAAGGAAUGCCACAUGCCUCUGUCCAGCUUUUUAAGAAAAUGCACUUUGCCUGUUGGAUAACAUGGAGAGACUUUAACUUCUGAGGCUGCUCUUGGAAACUGGUCGGCCAGCCUGUGGUAUAACUGAAACCUGCCCUGGACGGAGCAAAGACCUGCAGGGGCUGGGACAUCCCCCUUCUGGUAGGUUUGCGUUAGAACCAUUUGAGUGUUUACAACUGCCCUUUUCUAACAAAUAAAUGCUUCUGUGUCAAGUCAUAUAUACAUUUAGAACCCUUGUUGCCACAAUUCAGUUUUAUUGGCUCAAAAUCAAGGACCCUGAUGUGGCAAACUUCCCUUUAUUCAAAUAAGCAGCUCCAUCCGGAGCAGCCUGACAAUUCAAGUGCUUCCAUGACAGGGUCUAGAUUUCCAGACAUGUAUUUUUACAUUUCUUGGUCCUGGGACUUUGUACAUCAUUGAACCAGCAAGCACAGGAGAUCACCACCUGCAGAGACUAGGUUUCCACCUCCCAGGCUGGGGUGCUCCUUUUCACUCAGGAAUGAUCCAACUGUUAUAGACUGACAUAUACUAACCAAGUCCACAGGGAAUAGAUGCAUGAACUAGACGCAAAUAUAGUGACUUUAAAUAGAAAAUAGAUACCACUGCUGCCACAUACUAGCUGUGAUCUUGAGCAAGUUACUUGACUUCUCUGAGCUUCAAUUUCUUGUAAAAGCCACUAAAAAAACUAAAUGAGACAAUAAAUGUAAACAUUUAGCACUGUGCAUGCACAUGGAAAAUGCCCCCAAAAUGCUAGCUUAGCUUUUAUUAUAUAACUCCUUCCAAGAAGUGGCUGGACAAGACAUGUGAGAAGGUCAAAUGGAGGGAAGUAGUUGAGCAUUAAAUGAUCACUAGUCAGAUGCUCUUUGCAAAUAUGUAAGACAGUCUAAACCCCAUUUUUAUGGAUGAGGAAGCUGAGGUUCAGGCAUGAUAAAUAAUUUAACCAAAGCAACCUACUUGAAAAGUAGCAGAGUGGAGGUGGGUUCAAGAUGGUGGGGUAGCAAGAUCCUCAGCUCACCUCUUCCCAUGGACACAAGUCUACAAAUAAUUCCCUCUGAAAGGGACCUGAAGAAUUGAAUGAACAGAACCUCCACAAUAAAGGAUAAAAAAACAGCAUCAAGAUGGGCAAGAAAGGCCAAGAAACAUGGACUCACUAGGGAUUAUUAAAAAAAAAUACAUCCCAGCCAUUGCACAUCACAAUCAGGAGGGAUCUCAAGGGUAUGGAACUGUUCCCUGAAGAGCAAGGGAUUCAAGUGUCACAUUAGGCACCCCAACCCUUAGAUCCUCCAUAGGAAAGACAAGCCCCCAAAACACUGGGCUUUGAAAAUCAAUGGGGAUUAUAUCCAUGUAAACUAUAAAACUGUAGGGAGCAGAAAAAUCCACUCUUUUAAAUGGCUUACAUGCAGACUCACUCAACUCAAAACCAGCACAAAAACACCAGUUGAAAAGUGCAUAGACCACAUGUAAAGGAGACACAUCUACUAACAUUAAAGCGUCUCCCAGAGAGGUAAGGAACAUCUCCCCAGGAACUGAGACACUGCUGGGAGCCAUUUUUGUAAACUCAGUCUACCUUAUUAUACCUGGGCUGGCAGGUGCUAUUUUGGAAUUUUCCCCCUGCCCUGCUAGAACUAGUGGGUACACCCUACUGAAAGCCCUGCCUACCAGCACACUGCGGCAGUCAUGGACAUGCCCCAGAGCCAAGCCAGGGGCUAGCCCUGCCCACCACAUACCAUAGCAGCUGCAGCUGCAUCCUACAGCCAUAGUGAGCACCAGCUCCAACAGCCAACAUGCCACAGCUACAGCCCUGCCACAAUGGGAAGGCACACAGCUCAUGCAGGGGACACUCCUUGAGGGCCUGGCUCUGGUGACCAGGGUGUACUGUUCUUCUGGGCCCCACAGAACAUCUAUAUAAGGCCACUCCUUCAAGACUGUGUACCUAAUAUACAGAAAGAGUUCGGUAAAAUGAGACAGAAGAAUGUGUUCCAAACAAAAGAACAGGACAAAACCUCAGAAAAAGAAUGAAAUAAAAUGGAAAUAAGCAAUCUACCUGAUAAAGAGUUCAAGGUAAUGGUCAUAUGAUGCCUCACUGAAUUCAGGAGAAGAAUGGAUGAACACAAUGAGAACUUAACAGAGACAGAAAGUAUAAGAAAAUGCCAAACAAGUUAUAAGAAUGAAAAAUACACUAGGGUUCAACCGCAGACUGGAUGAAAUAGAACAAAUCAGUGAAUUGAAAGACGCAGCAAUGGGACUCACCCAGACAGAGCCCCAAAAUGAAAAAAAAAUUAAGGAAAGUGAAGAUACUUUUCUUGGAGCAAAAUCAAGCAGAAUAACAUUAUAGGGAUCCCUGGAGAAGAGAAAGGGCCAAAAAAACCAAAAAACAAGAAACAAUUAUUUGAAGAAAUCAUGCCUGAAAACUCCCUAAUCUGAGACAGGGAUAAAUUCCAAAUAAGAUAAAUCCAGAGAUUGACACCAAGACAUAUUGUAAUUAAAAUAGUGAAAGUUAAGGAUGGAAAGAGAAUCCUCAAAGCAGCAAGAGCAACAACUUAUUAUGUACAGGGGAAACCCCAUAAGGCUCUUAGCCGGUUUUUUCAACAGAAACUUUACAGACCAGGAGUGGCAUGACUUAUCCAAAGUGCUGAAAGGAGAAAACUUCUAACCAAGUAUUCUUUACCCAGCAAGAUUGUCAUUCAGAACUGAAGAAGAGAUUAAGAGCUUUCCAGACAAGCAAAAGCUAAGGAGUUCUUCACCACAAACCAGAUUUAUAAGAAAUGUUAAAGGGGCUUCUUUAAGCUGAAAAGAAAUGACACUAAUAAGAAAACAUGUAAAACUCUCACUGGAAGAGGUAAAUACGUAACAAAGUUAGUAGCAACCAUUAAAUCAGGGCCAGUAUACAACAAAUCACUCUUCUCUAGCCCCCCAUCUUAUUUUAUCAGUCACCAAGAGUUCUUUAACUUGUUAUUCAAGUCACAGCACCAUUGAAUAAGUUAGAGCAUCUUUAUAUUUAUAUUAGGAAGGCCAUGCCUUCGUAAGAAAAUACUCUGGACUGGAUUUGAAGAGCUGUUUCAUCUCACCUAAGGGUAGACGAGAACCUGCCAGUGCUGAGCAGCACUGGGUACUGGGGAUGUGGCAGGCCUGAGCUGAGCCCCAGUCCUGCCAUCUGGAAGCCAUUGUCCCUGUGCCCUCUCAUGGCAUUCAGCACACAUUCUACUCCUCAGUGAUGUCAGGUCCUGCUUCAAAGCAGUUUCUUAGGACAAAGACAUACCUGGAAAUAUUUCUAGACUCAGUAACAGCAGUGGUUCUGCUGACUUUGCCAUGGAGCCCGUGGAGGGGAACGGGGGGCUCCUGGAUCAUGUUGCAGGCUACAGCAGGCAGCUCUGAGCACCUUGCUCCAGCCCCAGUGCUGAGCUCCAGCUGCUUUUCUAGGUCACAUGCUCACCCCUUGGAUGUGGUGAGAGGAAGUGUCUGGGGGAGGGAGGUUCCAGAGAGCCUUCAGCUGCCAUUUGGGAAGAGCAGGAGCCUGGUCCAAAUGGUCUCCUCCCGUGCUCUCCCCUGGGGGAGGAAAGAGGUCAUCCUCUGGAAGGAAGCCACGGCUCUGAUACGAGGGAGUGACAUUUGGAUGACUGAGACACAGCGUUGUCCAUCACAGCUUUGUUUCUCCUUUGUACCUGGUAAACAGUAAAUAUUUGAAUGGGCAGUAUUUGUGUCCCACCUGAGAAAUGGUUAUCCUCAGCCCCCAGCAUCAGCCGGAUACUCUCUGCCCUCUUCACUCUGCAUUUGCCCUUCCCUCCUGCCAAGUGACAGGUGGGAAGAUGCUUCACAAAGGUAACAUUACCAACCAGAGCCUCCCAUAGAGGGGGAGGGAGGGUAUUUAGAGAAGAGGAAAGCCAUCAGGGGCCUCAUUAAUAAUGAGUGCUUUAGAGAAUAAAUAAUUAAGAGCUUUGGGGAUUCUUUUAGAAGCAGAAUGUUUCCACUCAGCUCUGCCUGCUGAAAAUGUUUUUCCAAAAGUGUGUCUCUGGAAUCAGGUGCGUGUGCUCUGCCCAGAGGUAUAGGAAAGGCCUCCUGCCGUGUUGUCCUCCUGGCAGCCCAGAGUCUGAGCCCCACUCACCAUCCCAGAGGGUCGUCUGGCUCAUCAGAAGGUUCACCCCAGAGGCCCCUCCUUCCUGCCACCAGCCUUCCCCGCACCCUUACACUCCAUGAAGCUUUCCCAGCUCCCUAAGGAAAAUGGCAGUUUGACUCCCCUUUUUUCCACAUCUGGGUGUUUUCCUGUCCCCGUCACUCCUGAGGGUGCUCCCAUGUCCUCUAUAUCACAGCGCAUAGAAUAGGUAUCACCAUCUUUUCUUCAAAGUCACUAUCUUUUUAAAGUAAACUUUCUGUGGACAGAAAGGUUCACAGACCAUAUGUAUACAGCUGUCUUCACAAACUGAGCGCACUUGUAUAACCAGCACCCAGACCAAGAAAGAAGAAGUGGCCAGCGUUCCAGGGGCCCCUGAAGUCUCUGUUCAUCAUGCCCCCUCCAAACUAUCCUGACUUCUAGCAGCAUGGAGAGCUUUGCCUGUUUUGAACUUCCUAUAAAGUACAUUAUGUAUUCUUUUGGAAGUGGCUUCUUUCACUCCAGUUAUGUUUGUGAUUUAUCCAUGUUAUUUAUUUUCAUUGCUGAAUGGUAUUGCAUUGUAUAAAUAUACCACCAUUUACCCAUUCUGUUGUUAAUGGGCAUGUGGGUUGUUGCCAGUACUGGCCUGUUACCAUCCUUCUUCCUGUCUUUGAACAUACGUAUGCAAUUCUGGUGGAUAUAAACUUAGGAAUGAUAUUGCAGGAUAAAGGGUAUGAUUGACACCUUUUUAAGUAUA